AUGUCCCGUGCCUAGCUACUGCUCAUCUAUUAUUGAGACAUCUUUAUAGAUCUCUGUCCCAGCCAUGACGCGACACGUCGGCGUUCUUGUUUGGAUGUAUUGUUGAAAGAGCAGUGAGAGAGAUCACACAGAACAACCACAGUGCUGUCAGUGUCAGCAUGGGUGUAAGUGCCCUUGUGUGUGUGUAGCUGUGCAGCUGGCUGAACUUGACCGUCUGCUCCCUUCUUUCCUGGAUUAGUAACACUGCUUCAGUACAGGUUCAAACAAAAUGAGUAGAACAAAAAGAGCAGGCAUGCCGCCAGGGAAACUGAACAGUUCCACCAAGAGUUCUGUUCAGACUUGGGGCCCGUUCUGUGGUAUCCUGGCAACCGUUAUGGGAAUCUGUCUGCACAUACAGUGGCCGGAACUGCUUCAGGAGAAACAGAUCGACACACCCGUGAAUCUGUCCACAAGUCCCUAUGUGUUUGACUUCCAGGAAGCGUUUGCUACUCGUGAUGAAAAUAUGCAAAAGUAUGAUUUUAAAUACAAUGACGCUGGUAUUGACCGUCGAUCAGGCCUGAAGUUGGAGGAAUUCUGGGAUGUGUAUGAUGGAAAAUGGCCAGUACUUAUCACUGACAUCAUACAGAAAUGGGAGGCAGUCAACUGGACCAGGGACUACUUUGUGAACAAUUAUGGCGAGGAAAGAGUUGUCAUGAAAGCCGUCCAUGGCAAACUGAACCAGGCUUCUAGUCUUGCCUUGCCACUGAAGUUAUUUCUACAACAUAUCGAGGAGAGUUCUCCGACCACCUGGACGUACUUAGAGGACGAACUGUUCCUUCCUCUGCGACCUGACCUGUAUAAGCAAGUCCAGACAAGUACAUACACAACAGAGAACUUUUUCAGCUUGUUCCCACAAGAGAUUCGCCCAUGGGACUGUAUGCUGUUGUGGGGAACAGCCUACUCACGCUCCUCCCUCCAUAUAGACCCCUACAACUGGACCGGAACCAAUGCAGUCAUCAAGGGCAAGAAACGAUGGAAGCUGUUUCCUCCAGGACAGGACCAUCUUUUGUCGGUAAAACCCAACAAAAUGUGUGGGUUUCCGCUAGAGUGUAGGAAAUAUAAUAGCCCGAUUGACACAUUUGACAGUGAGGAAUACACCAAGUACCCUCAGUACAAGAAGGCACACUAUAUAGAGUUUGAUCAGAACCCUGGAGAGUUCCUGGUCAUCCCCUCCGGCUGGUUCCACCAGGCCUACAAUGUAGAGGAGACCAUCGCUGUGUCAGGUCAGUUCAUGAACAGGAACAACUACCUGGUGAUCCUGGAGGAAAUCCUCAAGGCUGAUAACCUGAAGCGUUCACGUCUGCCAGCCCACUUCCACACCCUGCUGCCACCUGACCAGGUGAAAGUGUUCAUGUCCCUGCUGCCUCAGAAGAUCCUGGCUCAUGGAAGGGAGGUCACCUCACAGGUCAUCAAGCAAGUGGAGACUGUCCGCAAGCAGUAGACACUAGGGGCACUGUUCUACCCCUGACAUGUGCCUCCUUCAUUCUGUUCUGUUUAUCCAUGUUUGGACAUAUCUUCUUUCCUUUUUUCAUCUUGCCACAUUUGAAUGUUACUGUAUUUGUGUUCUGGAGUUUGUUGUCUGGGUGUUCAGAUCUAAUGCUGCAGAUCGAUUGUGUGUAUGUGACAAAUCAGUAUAUUCUGUGACAUAAAUCAAGGAAAGUUUGAGGGUGAGAAUAUUUUUACCAUCCCAACAGCCCAGUAAUAAUCAGUUUUUUUCAGUGUGUUGGAACGAAAAGUUCAGCUGAACAGCUUAAUCAGCAGAGAGAUUAAUGAUGUCAGUGGCUUAUGAUGCCAUGGUAACCAAUGACAUCACAAUGACCUGCCAAGUAUUGUGAUGCAAUUUCAUUGUUGUGAUAUCACUUUCAAGAGAGAUUUAGCAAAGCAAUAUCUCGUGUGGAAGCCUAUUUUGGAUGAUAACAUAUUUGUGUUUUUGAUAAAAUGCUCAUCUUUCACCUAAUAUGCAAAUUUGUCACAAUACAGCAACCCCAGGAUCUGCGAGUCCAGGAUUCUACAUCCAAGACAUGCCACAAUUAUAAUCCAUGGUUUGUUCUGGUUUCACCAUGUACAUGAUUUCUGAGCUUGUGUUGUUUUGAGCUUACCUGCCUCAUCAUGAAACAGGGGGUGGGCUAGCCUAGUGAUUAAAGCGUUGGCUCGUCACGCCAAAGACCGGGUUCGAUUCCCCACAUGGGCUCAA